AUGGACUAUUCUUAUGCUUUGUUUAAAGUCGUAUGUAAAAUUUUCGCUGCAGCAUCGAAAGACAUAUUUUUGAGCCCUACUAAAGUCCACCGGUUGAAAGUAGUAGUCAUCUCAUCUUACGGAAUCGGAACCUGCAAUGGCGGAGAAAAUGUUGACCCGGAUAACCCGCCCAAGAGUUUCAGGCUCGUCAUGGGUAGUAUCGAUUCUCCUAGUCCUAUGUUCGUGCAUCACGUCAACUACUUUUGGUUACGAUGGGUCGAUGAUGUUAAUAGGAACGGACUCAACAUACUCCCCAGCUAUACAGAUUAUUUCAAUCUGAACACCGCAACUCUUUCUCUAAACACAGCCGCUCUCUGGAUUGGUGGCGCCAUUGCCGGUUUGACUUAUGGACAAGUAACCGAUAUAAUCGGACGCAGAUAUGCAUUGUUUUGGGCGGCCGUUGCAACAUUCUUGUCUGUUAUCCUUCAGACAGCUGCGCAGAAUACUGCCAUGUUUGUAAUAGCUAGGAUUUUAGUCGGUUAUGGAACUUCGGCGUCGACUCUUACGGGACCGACGUAUGUUGCCGAGACACUUCCCUACAAUUGGAGAGCCUGGGGACUAGGAGUGUUGAAUGAUUGUUAUUAUGUUGGGGGACUGAUUGCAGCUGGUGUGACGUAUCGGACGGCUACUUACAACUCGACUUGGGCAUGGAGAGUCCCUUCAUUGGUCCAAGGAAUUUUUAGUAUUCUUUGCAUUGCCAUUUUGCCAUUUGUGCCAGAAUCACCUCGAUGGCUAGCCUAUGUAGGGCGGACAGAAGAGGCGUUAAUCGUUAUAGCUCAGACUCAUGCAAAUGGAGACACCUCAAGUCCUAUUGUACUUGCGCAAUACAAGGAGAUUAUUGACACGAUAGAAUAUGAGAGAAAUGUUGGUGAGACCUUGAGUCUAAAGCAGAUGGUGAAAACACCGGUUGCAAGAAAGAGAGUCUCCCUGGCAAUCUCAGCUGCAAUAAUCUCAACCAUUUCCGGAAACGUGAUCGCAAGUUACUACCUGGGGACAAUGCUUGACAACGCCGGCAUUACUGACACCACCACACAACUUCAGAUUAACAUAAUACUCAAUGCUUGGUGCCUCUGUUGUGCUUUGGUUGGAACAUACUAUGCUGAUAUACUUGGCCGGCGUCCAACUGCUAUCAUUAGCACAUCACUUCUCACUGUCUUUCUCUUCAUUGUUGGUGCCCUUACCAAAGUAUAUGGUACAUCAACAAACAAGUCCGGUGUAUAUGGGACCGUCGCUGCGAUUUUCCUCUUUCAGGGAGCUUAUUCUUUCGGAUGGACACCUCUCCUCUACUUAUACCCACCAGAAGUACUCAACUAUCCCAUCAGAGCCAACGGAAUGGGCCUCUUCACUUUCGUCCUGAACGGUGUUGCACUCCUGAUUGUAUUCUCGUUCCCGUUUGCGCAAGAAGCUAUGGGCUGGAAGAUAUAUAUGAUGAAUGGCGCGUGGGAUGUCUUGGAGGUGGGAUUGAUCUGGAAAUACUGGGUGGAGACAAGAGGAAAAACGCUCGAGGAGAUUGAUGAAUUAUUUGAGGGUACUAAACAUUCAGAUGCCCCUGAUUUGGAACGCAUUGUACAAGGCGAAACGCAACUAGAAGAGGGUAUUUCUGACAGCAUCGAAGCUUUAGCAUCCAGAAAAAGUGUUUGA